CUUUGCCUCUGAUGAGAAUGGAAAAAUUUAAAUCUUGCGGGCAUGUUUAGUUAGUACACGCGUUGUCCAUUUCAGUGUUUACGUCACGUGUUCAAAACAUUCCUGAGUGCGCAUAUGACACUAGACUUGUAGAGGUUAGCUUAUUGUUGUGCUCGUGAUUUUGAGGUUAUGUCACGCUGUCAAAGUUGAAAAUAGUUUUUUUUUCUUCAAAAAGAAUUUGCAAAACAGUACAAAUGGGCCUGUUGACAGACCCUCGAACCGAGAACAUGAAGCUGGUAAAAUUCAUCCUCAAAUGGGAGAAAUAUCUCACAUUUCUCAUGUAUCUCGGCGGAAUUGUGUGGACGUUCUUGCUGGCAACACCCACCUUCAGUGACAACACAUAUUUCUCCGAAAAUGCUCUUCUCCCCGGACUGGUGACAAAGGAAAGUAAUCUAAUGCAUGCUUCGAAAUUAUUUCAUCAAGAAUUGAUUCGCGAAUUGGAAAGGCAACGUGGUGACCAGCUUCCUUCUUCAUGGAUGGCAGCCCGGUUUCGGCAGCUCCACCUCGACACGUUUGUUCACAAUUUCACCCUAAUCCACCCUUUUCGAAAUCAAAAAUUCACAGGAAAAAAUGUUUAUGGUAUUGUGAGAGCUCCAAGAGGUGUUAGCACUGAGGCGAUUGUCGUUAACGUACCUUAUCGUCCACUCAAUAGUAUUCAUCCUGCUACUACACCCUCGAUCGCUUUGCUUCUCGCUUUCGCUCAAUUUUGCCGAAAGCAAAAAUACUGGGCGAAAGACAUUAUUUUUUUGGUAACUGAGCACGAACAAUUAGGAGUACAGGCUUGGCUGGAUGCUUAUCAUGGAGUCACUAGUGGCCAGGACGAUGUUCUCUUAUCAGGGGAUUUGUCAGGAAGGGCCGGCUCGAUUCAGGCAGCAGUUGUCCUGGAAAUGCACGCGAUGAAAGUCACUUCGAUAGACGUUAAAGUUGAGGGAUUAAAUGGCCAAUUGCCGAAUCUCGAUUUGUUUAAUCUCGCUCAGAAUAUGAUUCACAAGGAAGAAAUUCGCAGAACUGUCCAACGUCGCUUUGACUUCAAGUCUGACAAUAAAUUUGACAAGUGGUUGUACAGAGGAAAAACAAUGGCUUCGAUGAUAAUGAGUCAGGCGACUGGAGUUCCAACUGGAAAUCAUGGCUUGUUCCACAGAUUCGGAAUAGAAGCAAUCACUUUGGAAGGAUUUGAAAAAACUACUAGUGGACCGGAAGCUAGUUUCUCCAAAGUAGGACGGGUAGUCGAAAGUAUUGUUCGUUCCUUGAACAACUUGCUGGAGCGGUUUCAUCAGUCAUAUUUCUUUUAUUUGUUGCCUUCGACGGAUCGAUACGUGUCUAUUGGAAUUUACACGCUACCAUUUAUUUUAAUGAUUGCCACCGUUUUUAUCAAGGGCUUCACCAUAUGGCUCAAGUUGCAGAAUUUGGGUGAUAAGAAAAAGGAUGAUAAGGAGAAAAAGAAAGAGAAGGAUGAAAACGAGUCUCAGGAAUUUGAUAUUGGAUUCGUCGCGAUGGAAUUUUUGUGGACUCAUGCUCUGGGAUUUUUACUAAUGUCCUCACCUAUAUGGCUAAUUUCGACAGCUAUGGAAUUUUUAAAAUGGCAUACGGAAUCUGCAACUUAUCUCGUUUUGGCAGUGAUUACAGUUUUCACAAUUUUGUGUCCACUAUUAAGGCCGAGAAGAAAGGGGAAUUUUUAUAAUUCAGCACUUGUGUGUGUUAUUGCUUGUGUUGAAUUAGGAACAGCUUUGAUGUGCGUUGAGAUUCAUAAUUUCUCAUUGGCAUUAUUAAUUGCUGUGGCUUACGUGCCAGUGACCUUACUUAUUCCCAGCGAAAAAGACUCGAUGAAGAAAGGAUUUUAUAAAGUGCUCUAUGUUUUGUGGCCUUUGCUUCAUCCUUUUGCAAUCGCUUCUUUUAUUGUCACUGCUUACACUUAUGCGAACUUUAUGGAUGAAGCAGCAUUAACUAUUUUGUACAGAGGGUGGAAAGCCACCAAACAAGCUUUUGUACUUAGCAUUAUUGAUUCUACUAUUUAUGGAAAUUGGUUGUACUCUUUUAUCGUUUCAAUUAUGCUCCCAAUCUGGCUGCUGUUUUGGAACAUUAUUCACUCUUCUUAAAUUUGAAGACAGGGCCAUUUUUCCAGUAUUUACGAGGGGUUGAAUAUUAGUAUUUUUGAUGUACACUAGAUUGCAUAGGAUUGCUAAACAGAUGGAUGAAAAACAUUGCAUGUUGCAAAGGAGCGAUUUAUUUUAAACCACUCAGAAUCUUUAAUUCUAUUGAUAUCUUUAAAAUCGCUUACAAAUAUUUAUAUUAAAAUUUAUGAAAACUAAUGGAACCUCUCGAAAUCCCUUGAUACCCCUGGACAUAUUCUUAAAUCUAUUAUAAUCUGUUGAAAUCCCUUAAAAUUUGUAGAAUUUCCUCAGAUCAUUAAAAUAGUUUGAGUUUCUAUAAAAUUCAUUAAAUCUUGUGAAAUUCCUUGAAAUUUUUGACAACCCUACUAAAUUUGUUGACAUCCCUUUAAGAUAAAUAUAAAUUGAAGUAAUCUUAUUUAAUGAAGUUAUCUAAAAAUCGUUUAAAUCCCUAGAAAUGUUUAAAAUCCUCUAAUAUUCCUAAAAGUACCUUUGAAUCUCUUAAAUUAAUUGGAAUCGUAAAAAACCCAUUGAAAUUUCAUUACAUUUAUUUUUCAAUUAUCAGUAGAAAUUCCUUGAAAUCCUUA